AUGACAACUAGUACCGACCUCUAUUAUGAAACCGUGUGGAAAUCGAAAUGUUCGUCGAAUGAGAAGAGUUUUCUGGCUUCCUGGCAAGGAUUAUCCCUAUUUUCACAUUCGAUGCUUGUCGUGUUUUUACCUUUUUAUGCGUUCACGGCAUAUUGUAUUUUGAAGAAAACGCCGAGGACUAUGGACUCGGUGAAGUUUGUUUUGUUGAAUGCACAUUGUUGGUCCUGCUACUGUGACGUUUUAAUAUGUUCCCUCAUCACUCCUUAUUUCUUCUUCCCAACUAUUUCCGGGUUCCCCGUCGGUCUCAUCCGUGUGCUCGGAAUUCCAACAUCGGUUCAAGUGUUUAUUGGAUUUGUCUCAUUAUUGUUUAUGGGUACCUCACUAGUGGCAUUAUUUGAAAAUCGGAACAGCUGUCUUCCAACUAAUCGAUUUCGAAUAACAAAACAGAAAACUAGAUUUUUAUAUUAUUUAUUCAAUUGUGCAGUAAUUAUCGGUUAUUUAAUACCACCAUUUUGUAAUAUUCCUGAGCAAGAAUCAGCGAAACUGUUUCUUUUGCAGAAUAUACCUUGUCCCACUGAAGAGUUCUUCUACACCGAAGUUUUUGUAUGGACAAUUGACAAGUUUUGGUCCUGCUACUGUGACGUUCUAGUUUGUUCCCUCAUCACCCCAUACUUUUUCUUUCCAACAGUCUCCGGAUUCCCCGUCGGAUUCCUCCGUGUGCUCGGAGUUCCCACAUCAGCUCAAGUGUUUAUUGGAAUUGUCUCAUGCUUGUUUAUGGGCACUUCACUUGUGCCAUUAUUCGAGAAUCGGAGCAGUUCUAUUCCAAGUAAUCGAUUUCGAAUAACAAAAAAGAGAACCAGAUGUAUAUAUUAUUUAUUCAAUUGUACGGUUAUUUUCGGUUAUUUAAUACCACCAUUUUGUAAUAUUCCGGAGCAAGAAUCAGCGAAAUUGUUUCUUUUGCAGACAAUCCCUUGUCCCACUGAAGAGUUCUUCUACACCGAAGUUUUUGUAUGGACUAUUGACAAGUUUUGGUCCUGUUACUGUGACAUUCUAAUCUGCUCCCUUAUCACUCCUUAUUUCCUCUUCCCUACAGUCUCCGGCUUCCCCGUUGGUCUCCUCCGUGUACUCGGAGUUCCCACAUCAGCUCAAACGUUUAUUGGAUGCGUCUCAUUGUUGUUUAUGGCUACCUCACUAGUGGCAUUAUUCGAAAAUCGAAGCAAUUGUAUUCCAAAGAAACAAGGCUCAAUGGGUGGCGCAUCCAACAUGUCAAACAAUGUGCGGCCUGGAAUGGGAAGACCGCGUGUUAUUCCUACGUUUUAA